AUGUCUUUUCUUUAUGAGCCCUUCGACAUCCAAGUAGACUCUUUUGGUUUUAUGAUGAACCCCUUUGCCCUUAAAAACAAAAACCCUGCCCUCUUUUCCAGAGAAGGGAAGUUGUUAUUUUUGCCCACGCUGAAAUGUUUGAAUGGUGCACUCUCCCAGGCCCUCAGCUGUGCAUUUGAAAACUCAAGUUCUUUAUGCCUCAUCCUCCCAGGCACAUGUCAGAUGUUUAUGUUGAAAAAGCCUAAGAACCCAGUGGUGAUCAGUGACUGGGAGAACGGCCUCACUGUUAGCAGUGCCAAAGAAUCCAUUCAUUUGUCAUGGGUCCCAAAUUAUAAUCAAGCAGCCAUUCAAACAGCUCAGAGAAACCAAAGGACAUCUAAAACAGAGUUGUCAGUCACUGCUGACGUAGUGCCUACCUCAUCAUGGAACAUAUCAACGGAACUCGACAAAGAUUCUUACCUGAACCUGGAUGAGCCCAUGAAUAACAUCACAACGUCCCUGGGUCAGACAGCCGAGCUGCACUGCCGGGUCUCUGGAAACCCACCUCCCACCAUCCGCUGGUUCAAGAACGAUGCACCCGUGGUGCAGGAGCCCCGGAGGGUCUCCUUCAGGGCCACCAACUAUGGCUCCCGGCUGCGCAUCAGAAACCUUGACACCACCGACACGGGCUACUUCCAGUGCGUGGCUACCAACGGCAAGAAGGUGGUGUCCACCACUGGCGUUCUGUUCGUUAAGUUUGGGCCCCCUCCAACUGCAAGUCCAGGAUCCUCGGAUGAGUAUGAAGAAGACGGAUUCUGUCAGCCGUACCGCGGGAUUGCAUGUGCGAGAUUUAUUGGCAACCGCACUGUCUACAUGGAGUCUUUGCACAUGCAAGGAGAAAUUGAAAAUCAGAUCACAGCUGCCUUCACCAUGAUCGGCACCUCCAGCCACUUAUCUGACAAGUGCUCACAGUUUGCCAUCCCCUCCCUGUGCCACUACGCCUUCCCCUACUGCGACGAGACCUCCUCUGUCCCCAAGCCCCGAGACCUGUGUCGCGAUGAAUGUGAAAUCCUGGAGAACAUCCUGUGUCAGACAGAGUACAUUUUUGCAAGAUCCAACCCCAUGAUUUUGAUGAGACUGAAACUGCCCAACUGUGAAGAUCUUCCCCUGCCGGAAAGCCCCGAAGCUGCCAGUUGCAUCCGGAUUGGAAUACCCAUGGCAGAUCCCAUCAAUAAAAAUCACAAGUGCUACAACAGCACAGGAGUGGACUAUCGCGGGACAGUCAGUGUGACCAAGUCUGGGCGCCAGUGCCAGCCCUGGAACUCCCAGUACCCACACACCCACACUUUCACGGCCCUUCGCUACCCUGAGCUCAAUGGAGGCCACUCAUAUUGCCGUAAUCCAGGCAACCAGAAGGAGGCGCCCUGGUGCUUCACCCUGGAUGAGAACUUCAAGUUUGACCUCUGCGACAUCCCUGCCUGUGAUUCAAAGGAUUCCAAGGAAAAGAAUAAGAUGGAAAUCCUGUACAUUCUGGUGCCCAGCGUCGCCAUCCCCUUGGCCAUUGCUUUGCUUUUCUUUUUCAUCUGCGUCUGCCGAAACAACCAGAAAUCGGCAUCCCCGCCAGUCCAGAGACAGCCCAAGCAUGUCCGAGGCCAGAACGUGGAGAUGUCUAUGCUGAAUGCCUACAAACCCAAGAGCAAAGCCAAAGAGCUGCCCCUUUCUGCUGUACGUUUCAUGGAAGAAUUGGGCGAAUGUGCCUUUGGGAAGAUCUAUAAGGGCCAUCUCUAUCUCCCAGGCAUGGACCACGCUCAGUUGGUGGCGAUCAAGACCCUGAAAGACUGUAACAACCCGCAGCAAUGGACAGAAUUUCAGCAGGAAGCCUCGUUGAUGGCGGAGCUCCACCACCCCAAUAUUGUCUGCCUGUUGGGUGCUGUCACCCAGGAGCAACCCGUGUGCAUGUUGUUUGAGUAUAUGAAUCAGGGUGACUUGCACGAGUUUCUUAUCAUGCGCUCCCCACAUUCCGACGUGGGCUGCAGCAGUGAUGAAGAUGGGACCGUGAAAUCCAGCCUGGACCACGGAGAUUUCCUCCACAUCGCCAUCCAGAUAGCAGCGGGCAUGGAAUAUCUGUCCAGUCACUUCUUCGUGCACAAGGACCUGGCCGCUCGCAAUAUCCUGAUAGGAGAGCAGUUGCAUGUCAAGAUCUCCGACCUGGGCAUAUCCCGAGAGAUUUACUCUGCCGACUAUUACCGGGUGCAGACCAAGUCCUUGCUUCCCAUUCGUUGGAUGGCCCCAGAGGCCAUCCUAUAUGGCAAAUUCUCCUCCGACUCCGACAUCUGGUCCUUUGGGGUGGUAUUGUGGGAGAUCUUCAGCUUCGGCCUGCAGCCCUAUUAUGGAUUCAGCAACCAAGAAGUGAUCGAGAUGGUGAGGAAGCGACAGCUGCUACCUUGCUCAGAAGAUUGCCCUCCUCGUAUGUAUGGUCUCAUGACCGAAUGCUGGAAUGAGAUCCCGGCUCGCAGACCCCGCUUCAAAGACAUUCACCUUCGCCUGCGCUCCUGGGAAGGCCUUUCCAGCCAUACCAGCUCCACCACACCAUCAGGGGGCAAUGCCACCACGCAGACCACCUCCCUCAGUGCCAGUCCCGUGAGUAACCUCAGUAACCCUCGCUACCCCAACUACAUGUUCCCCGGCCAGGCCAUUCCAGCCCAGGGCCAGAUUGCUGGUUUCAUCGGUGCCCCCAUUCCGCAGAACCAACGCUUCAUCCCCAUCAAUGGGUACCCCAUUCCUCCAGGAUAUGCCGCCUUCCCAGCAGCACACUAUCAGCCUCCGGGGCCUCCCCGAGUUAUCCAGCAUUGUCCACCCCCCAAGAGUCGCUCCCCUAGCAGUGCCAGUGGUUCCACCAGCACGGGCCAUGUCACCAGCUUGCCCUCGUCAGGCUCCAAUCAGGAAGCUAAUAUUCCUUUGCUUCCACAUAUGUCGAUGCCAAACCAUCCCGGAGGAAUGGGCAUCACCGUGUUCGGCAACAAAUCACAAAAGCCCUACAAAAUAGACUCGAAGCAGCCCUCUUUGCUAGGAGACUCCAAUAUCCAUGGACAUACCGAAUCCAUGAUUUCUGCAGAACUGUAACCAGUGCUUCUCCUGGCCUGGAAACUUGUC